AACAAGGGCAAAAACAAUAUAAUAAUAACAACAACAACAAUAAUAAUAAACUGAACAAGCAAAUGGAGAAGAGACGACGACCUCCUCCUCUUUCUCUCUCUUUCUCUAGCUUUUCAAAACCCACAAGCUUGAUUUAGAGUCAGACCCCCUACAGCAGACGCAACAUACAAAAAAACGAAGAAGAAGGAUAUGGUUUUCGAUUCGACCCCCAGUCUCUUCAACAAUACCAGAAGUUCAAGUAGUGAUCCUUACAGCGAAGAAUAUGGGAAUGCAAUGAUUGUAAGAGCACACCCACUAGGUACGGCACGAGCCAACAACAAUGUUAAUGUAGAGGGUGCAAGGGGGCCUGGACUUGAGCCGUGUAUAGGGUUAGAGUUUGAUUCGGCAGAUGAUGCGCGUGAGUUUUACAGUGUGUAUGCCACGCGUGUAGGAUUCAGAACCAGGACUGGCCAACUAUAUCGAUCGCGCACUGAUGGCUCUGUUGCUUCGAGAAGGUUUGUGUGCUCGAAGGAGGGUUUUCAACUAAAUUCAAGGAUGGGUUGUCCUGCAUUCAUAAGGGUGCAAAGACGGGAUUCUGGGAAAUGGGUUGUUGAUCAGAUACACAAGGAUCACAAUCAUGAACUUGGAGAUGUGGAGGAAAGCCGUCCUCCGAUUUUGCCGCAGAGAACUCCUACAGGUAGGAAAUCAUCAGCCAAGGUUUCUUCAAAGUCAAAAUUGAAGUUUCUUGCAGAAGUCGAUGAUGGACAACCAUGCUUUUCUCGAUCCAUUAGUUUCAAACGCAUUAAAACAGGAGGAGAUGGAGGACAACCAAAAGCUGAACCAUAUGCUGGUCUAGUGUUUAGUUCAGUUGAUGAAGCAUUCCAUUUUUAUCUAAGGUAUGCAGAUGAAGCUGGAUUUAAAACUCGGAUUGGUCAGCUGUUUCGAUCAAAGAAUGAUGGGUCAAUUACAUCCCGGCGAUUUGUGUGCUCUAAGGAAGGAUUUCAGCAUCCUUCAAGAGUAGGCUGUGGGGCUUUUAUGAGGAUUAAGAGACAAGAUUCUGGAACUUGGAUGGUGGACCGUCUUCAGAAAGAUCAUAAUCAUGAUCUUGAGCCGCAAACGAGAACUCAUACGAAAAGUUCCACUGCUUCAAAGAAAUUUAUAGAUGAGGUAAAUGGUGGAUUAGACACUUUGGAUCUAUCAGAGAUUAACAAUGGUGUACGUUCCAAUAUUAGUCAGGGUAACAACAUUGGAAGUGAAUGGUACCAUUUGCUGCUUGACUAUUUUCAAAGCAAGCAAGCUAAAGAUACAGGAUUCUUUUAUUCGGUGCAAGUUGAUAAUGGUGUUUGCAUGAGUGUUUUCUGGGCUGAUGGAAGAUCUAGAUUUGCGUCCAGUCAAUUUGGUGAUGCUAUUGUGGUUGAUACUUCAUACAGGAAGACUAAUUAUCUGGUGCCAUUUGCAACGUUUGUUGGAGUUAACCACCACAAGCAGCCAGUGCUACUUGGGUGUGCUCUAAUUGCCAAUGAGUCUAAGGAGUCUUUCAUUUGGCUGUUUCGGACAUGGCUUAGGGCAAUGUCUGGGUGCCGUCCAAAGUCAAUUAUAGCUGAUCAAGACAUGGCAAUCCAACAAGCAAUUGCCCAUGUUUUUCCUGGGACUCGUCAUCGUUUUUCAAUGUGGCAGAUCAGGGCAAAGGAAAGAGAGAAUUUAAGGUCAUUGUCCAAUGAAUUCAAAUAUGAAUACGAAAAGUGCAUCUAUGAUAGCCAGACUAAUGCUGAUUUUAAUACCAUGUGGAAUGCCCUUGUCAACAAAUAUGGUCUGAAGGAGAAUGUAUGGCUCAAAGAAAUGUAUGAAAAGCGUGAAAGCUGGGUUCCAUUGUACCUCCGAGGUACUUUUUUUGCUGGCAUUCCCCUUAACGAAAGUAUGGAAUCAUUGUUUGGUAUAUUCUUGAAUGCUGAAACACCACUUGUAGAGUUUAUAGCACGAUAUGAUCAAGGUCUUGAGCAACGUCGUGAGGAGGAAAGAAAAGAGGAUUUUAAUUGUUCUAAUUUGCAGGCUUUUCUACAAACAAAAGAACCAAUAGAAGAACAAUGCAGAAGGCUUUAUACACUCGCUGUUUUCCAAUUAUUUCAAAAGGAACUUUUGCAAUGUUAUAAUUAUCUUGGAAUAAAGAUUUAUGAAGAAGGUACCAUCAGCAGAUAUUCAGUGCGAAGAUGUGGGAAUGAUAGUGAGAAACAUAUGGUUACUUUUAGUGCAUCCAACCUCAAUGUAAGUUGCAGUUGUCAAAUGUUUGAAUUUGAAGGUGUGCUGUGUAGGCAUGUUUUGAGAGUCUUCAUCCUGUUGAACAUGAGAGAAAUUCCAUCUCACUACCUCUUACAUCGGUGGACGAGAAAUGCUGAGCAUGGCCUUGUUUGCGAUGUUGACUCUGGGGUUAGCUGUCAAGAACUUAAGUCCUUAAUGGUGUGGAGUUUGAGGGAAACAGCCUGUAAAUACAUAGAGUCUGGAACAACAUCUAUUGAAAAAUACAGGCUUGCCUGUGAGAUUAUGCGAGAAGGUGCUAAAAAGUUUUGCCGACAAAGGUAAGCCCUGGAUGGGACCAAUGACCUGCACGGGUAAUUUUUGUACCUUGACCUUUUCUCUUUGUACCUUGUUUCUGGCCAGCUUCACUGAAGACUGAUAGCUUGGGAAUAAUGGCAUCUCUGUAUUUAUCACAUGUUGUGCAUUCCCAUUUGUUAUAAUACUAAAUUACUAAUCGAUAAGACUUUCUGUA